AUGGAUCGGCGCCACGAUCUGCCCCGCCUGGGCUCCCUGUGGCGCCAGCGCAGCGGCAAUUCAUCGGCCGAAGUGGAGGAGGCGGCGGGCGGCCGGGAGACCCCCGUGGCGCGCACGCUCUCCAAGCUGGGCUCGCAGUGCAUGCAGGCACUGCCUAGGAUGCGCGGCGGCGCCUACACCCGCGUGGCGGGCGACACCGAGGCCGUGCCCCUCAUGGAGAUCCGCGAUUCUAGAAAGGCCGCCUCGGGCGACUCGAUCUCGCCGCGGCCGCGCACGGAGCCCCUGCGCCACCCGACACCCUCCGGGCGCGUCCGCCCCGCGGCGGGCGGCCCGGGGGGCGGGGGACAGUCGGGGAGGGCGCAAGGGGCCGGAUCCGGCAAGCCAGGCAGCAGGAUCGCCAAGUUUCGGAACCAAUACCUGCGGCUGGCGGACCUGGAGGAGAUUUCUGAGGAGCAGACGGGCAACAGGCGGGAGGGCGGGCGAGGGGGGGCGGUGUGCUCUACGGUGAAGCACAUCCUAGGGGCGGCCAGUCGCAACGGGGCGCGGAGCGGCGGCCCGAACUCGAGGACCCCCGGGCGGCAAGUCGCCGGUCCCCCGCCCAGCUACUUCUGCCGCGUGCUGGAGCAGGAACUCAAGCGCGUGCUGCUGUUCGCGGAGUCCUUCGCGGAGGAGCUGUGGGUGCGCCUGGGCGCGCUCUUCGAGGCCAUGGAGGCGCUGGCCGCGGACGUCAAGAGCAACCCAGACGCCGCCAUCCCGGCGGGCAGGGUUCAGGAGCUGUCGAAGCACGGGGACUUGAUAGGGGAUGACGUCAUCCUUCUUGACGAGUUCCUUCGACAGAACGUGGUGGCCGGCGCGUUUGUCGCCCAGAAGCACGACAGCAAGGUGUUCAACGGCAGCCUGCGAUCGCCCAGCGUCCCGGCGCAGAUCAGCCCGGCCUACCUGCAGGCCAUGGAGAACUACCUCAUGGGCGGCAUAGCGUACGACCCGGUAUUGGUAAACCUCAGCGACGCGUACAGCCAGCUGAAGGCGCUCAGGGAGAAGGCCUUGGCGGACGGCACGGUGUGGAACGCGCCGGAGGUGUUCGAGAGGAAGACCGUGAAGUACUGGGUCCACCCCGCGAACGUCCUGCGGGUGAAGUGCAUGCUGAUAAAGCACCUGCCCAUACUCAUCUACGGCGCGGGGAAGGGCCAGGCCGACGCGAAGAGUCGGCUGUCGUCUCUGAAGGAGCAGACGCAGAAGGACGGGACGCUGAUAUCGUCGGUGUACUUCGACAACGACGAGCUGCAGACGUACCACGACCGCAUACGGAGGGAGCACGGGUCGUCGCUGACGCGCAUUCGGUGGUACAACAAGCGUGUGCUCACGGACGACAUGGAGACGUUCAUCGAGAGGAAAAUACACGGGGACAGCUGGACGGGCAUAAAGAGCGUCAAGGAGAGGUCCCCGAUGCCCGCGACGCAGGUGCCAAGGUUCAUCAACGGCGAGCACGUUGAGGCGAUGGACGCCGAGGGCAGCAAGGGGGAGCGCCUCCUAGACAUACAGACAAAAGUCUUCCAUGAACGAAGAGAGGAGCCAAACAUACGCACAGAGUACGUUCGAGUCGCCUUCCAGGAGUCCAGUUCGAAUGAGGUCCGCAUUUCUCUGGACAGCCACGUCCGCAUGAUCCGAGAGAAGGGUGUGCCCAGAGGCCCGACGGGUUGGCACAGAGACAUCGUUAACAGCGAGCCACAACCGAAAGAUGUCGUCAACUUCCCGUACUCCAUACUGGAGACCAAGGUGGCUGGCGAGGAGCCGCCAGAAUGGGUUCAGGAAAUUCUCAACACUGGCAUGCUUGUAGAGGUCCCUAAAUUCUCGAAAUUCCUGCACGGCACGGCACUCCUUUUUGGAGAGAGCGUCAGCCACUCUCCUUUCUGGUUUGUUCCCGACGACCAUGACCGGUACACGCCUGCCACUAUUGCCGAGAUGGCUGACCAAUCCGAUGUCUAUGACAAGAAAGCCGGCCAGCGCGGCGCCCAGGCGCCUCACCAGGUGGGCACCACCUCCAACUGCGUGGAGCUCAGCGAGGUCAUCGUGGUGCAGUCGUCGCAGACCGGCGCCCGAGAGGGGAUCCCGGUAGCGGAGCCCGACACUGCCACCAAGAAGGAAACGAAAGGCAAGGGGGUCGACAAGAAGUCUGUGCGGACUGCGGCCCUUGUCCGCACGCGCAUCGAGCCCAAGACGUUCUUCGCCAACGAGAGGACGUUCCUGGCGUGGCUGACGAUAUCCGUGCUGGUUAUAUUCAUGGGGCUGACGCUGCUGGACGGGGCGCCCAUUGCGGGUGGGGCACAGUCGGAAUACGUGCCCCCCUGUGAGUUGGACAAGAUGUGCAGGGUCCGGGAGAUAUGCGGCAUGCUAAUAUCGCCAAUGGCUCUGCUGCUCAUGGCAUACGCGCUGUAUCAGUACCGGAGGCGCAACAUUCAAAUCCUGCGCAGGGAGACCGUCCGUUUCGACGACCAGCGCGGCCCAGUCUUGAUCACCGGCCUUCUCCUGGCGACACUGAUAACGGCGUUCGUCAUAUCUGCAAAGACCAAGUUCUAG